CCCCACAUUUCUGUUAACAGAAACGAGUGGACAACAAACAAGCACAAAUCGGAACACUUGCUCUGGUAGAGAGGGAGAUAGAGAGAGAGAGAGAGAGAGAGGAUGGCCGCAAAUCUUGUCCAUGGCGUCCAUCACCUCCACUGCCACCAGAUAUCACGGCAACAAUGUUUCAAUCACCACCGUGGUCAGACCUCCAUUAACGUGACGACGGUAACUUCAAAUCUGAAGCGAUCAAUUACGCUGCCGAGGCAAAUCAGGGUUCCUAGAACACCUCCAGUGAUCCGUAGAUUCACUAGAAUUUCUGCAUCACUUGACCUAACAGAAGACAAUGUUAAGCUGGUUUUAGAUGAUGCUCGAACGAAGUUUUCGCACCUAUUUGAUACAUCAGUUGGGAUGACAGGAGUUGCAGAAUUGUCCGAAGUCGAUGGACCAUUUGUGAAGAUUAGGCUCAAAGGUCGAUUCUGGCAUGAACGUUCACUGGUGUUAGCCAGGCUUGGGAACUAUAUGAAGGAAAGGAUUCCGGAGAUAUUGGAGGUGGAUAUUGAAGAUGAGAAGCAAUUGGAUGACAGCCCUGAAAACUUUUGAGCUUUUGGAUUCUAGUUUCACAGCAUAUGCCACAAUCUUGUAAGCAUUCAUCUGAUUAGUAACACCUAGAUACCAUUGAACAUAGCUUUCAUAUAUCGAAUGCAAUAUCUCAUCUUCGUAUUUUAAGUUUAAUUCGUAAUAGUUUAGACAU